AUGAAGUCCCAACCCAGCACGACAGGGAUGCUGCUACCCAUCGCUCUCUGCCUCAGUUUGGUCCCUGUGUGUUUUGGAGCAGCACUUCCUCUUUCAUGUGGUUCCAUCUACAAGAGUUUUGCUCAGUGUUUACUCACACUUGGAGACAGUUUGGUGGAAACACAAAAAGACCAGAGCAUGCAGGACAUUGAUGCAAUCUGCAGGUCCUGGAAUGCGUUCCACGUUUGUGCCAACUCAGCUCUUACUGGCUGUCCUGGAGAAGCAGCAGCUGUCUGGGAGUCUCUAAGACAAGAGUCCAGGAAGACGCAAUUUUCUGGAAACCUCUAUGACAUGUGUGCCAGCCAAACCACCCUCCCACCCAGCACUAUGCUUGCACCCCAGAGCCCUCCUACCUCCGACCAGACCAACCAGGAAACGCUGAAAGGGCAAACAUGCAAACACAGCCCCACCCUAACCACACUGUUUUUCCCUGUAUGCAGCACUCUACUACUUCUGCUCAGGAGUUAG